CUGUGUAACCAUGUUUUACAUCCUGCGCGAGAGCGGCUAGGUGAUGUCACUGCUUCUCUAAAUGCCCAAAUAAGGAAACUGACACAUGAAAGUGAGAUUUGUUCGGAUCAGUUUUCAACAUUUCUGAGGAAAAGCCGAAGUGUGAACGGACUGAGGUCGGUCGACUGUGUUUUGUGUCAGUGUACUGCUCUGUGCUGUGUGUUUGACUAAUUCUGAGUCUGCUGCUGCCGUUUCUUGAGGAAAGAAAAAAGAGGAAGCAGUUCCGCCCUCAGACGCAGCCUGGAGGCAGAAAAGAAAAGAGCGGAGACGGGGGAAGAAGAAAACCCGCGACACACACCGACUCCAACCAAAAAGUAAGCGAAAAGGGACCGAAACAAUAAAAGAGGCGACAGGAGUGCGGUAGAGGUAGUUUUUCGAGUGGACAGUGAAGUCAACUCCGGCGGGACUCCUCAGGUGUGGCGUUCACAGCCACAAUGGUCGCAGUAUUUUAAAGUUUCGAUGUGAAAAUGUGUCGUCUAAGUCUGCGGUUGUACCGAUAAAACGUUCUGCUAUAGAGGGACUUCUCCAGAACUCCGCUCCGGGACGGGCUUUUAGACUCUUUGGUUGUUUGCUAUAUCGGCGGGACUUUUUUUCUGCCCCGAACACAGUUGUUCCGGAUAAAUCCCAGUCCCAAACCAGUUAUGAGUGCAGAAGAGGAAAGAUUCAAACUGGUGGUGGUGGGAGGAGGAGGAGUGGGGAAGAGCGCCCUGACCAUCCAAUUCAUCCAGUCCUACUUUGUGUCAGACUAUGACCCCACCAUCGAAGACUCCUACACCAAAAUCUGCACCGUGGAUGGGAAGGAGACCCGGCUUGACAUCUUGGAUACAGCAGGGCAAGAGGAGUUUGGGGCAAUGAGAGAGCAGUACAUGCGCUCAGGAGAAGGAUUCCUCCUGGUGUUUGCACUCAACGAUCGUGGCAGCUACCAUGAGGUCCAGAAGUUCCACACUCAGAUCCUGAGAGUGAAGGACAGGGACGACUUCCCUAUGGUUCUGGUUGGAAACAAGGCUGACCUCGAACAACAAAGAGUGAUCUCCAGGGAGGAUGCUCAGGCGUUCGCCAGAGAGAAUAGGAUUCACUACAUGGAAGCUUCAGCCAAGAACCGCUACAAUGUGGAUGAAGCCUUCUUGGAGCUAGUGCAAAUCAUCAGAAGGUUUCAGGAAAUGGAGAGUCCUCCUCUUCCAUCUCAUCACACAGGGAAGCAGAAAAGCGGUGGCUGUCCCUGCAUCCUCCUCUAAUCACUGUUACUAUGGACACCAAAGCCUCGUCUCUCCAGCUUCUUCUAAAGGGAUGUGGGUGUCUGUGUGUGUGUGCGUGCAUGUGUGAGAACAUGUGAGAUGCAAAAAGAUGAGAUGCAUCAUUUUCUUCCCAAAUUGUAGUUUCACUUGCACUUUUGCCAACAGCAACCUUUUAAACCAGCGUUGUUUUUAUUUUAGAGAAAGGAUGUGAAGGUAGAGCUUUCAAUGGCUCGAAGCAGAGCCUGCACAGGACGAACAAAUCACUACUGUUUGAAGGGCUGAUACUCUUAAUUGGAGAUCACAAUUAAUUGUCAUACAAAUAAUUACAAUAUUAUUAUCCAGUCUGUUAACUUCAUGGCACCCCUGUCGUAUAAAGCUAAGAAUAGCUCAGUUAUGCACAUACACCUUAUGAAUAAGAGGAUGCAUUUACUGGCAUAUAAUGUGAAACAUAUAAAAUCAAUUAUGUUUCUGUUCUGAUCUGUUAAUAAGAACUGAGCACGGCAGAUAUAAGACUUACGUAUGGAAAGCAUGUUGCUGAAAUCAGACCAAGGUACAGUGUUAAACUCAAACUACCGCAGUGCUAGUUCAGAGUAAUGUCAUGGUAUUGCAAACAAUGUAGAAAAUUCCCUUAGUUCCACCAACUCUUUUUAUACAAGUGAAUGGAGAGGAUUAUGACCAUUUAGUAAAAUAAUUACCAUUAUUUCAAAUAAUCAUGGAGAUUAUGUAAUCACUGUGACAGGCCUAACUGUGUGUGAUAUUAUGAGAAUGAAUCAGGUUAAUGUAGAUAUUCUCACACCACUGUGUUUUUUUAGAAAUUAUUUUUACAAAUUACUUGCGCUGAAGGUACAGCUGAACACAGGUGUCGUCCAUGUCAUUGUGUUGGUAUGAGCUGUCAUGACCCACGCCUUCCUGCAGGGGGAAGCAGAGCUCGGCAUCAUGCCUCGUAUUCCCAUGUCCUCAAGUCUGAGAUGGAACAUGGUUUUAGAAACAACCGUCAUUAGAACAUGUGAUUUUCUACAUGAUAGGAACCUGGCGCUACAGUUUUCUUUUCAGCACCACUUGCUGUGUGUGAUGGAAGCUGCUCUUUCUUCUUUCUGGAUAGACUGGUACAAUCGCACAUCAGCAUUUUUAACCUAAGGCCUGAAUAUGUAGAGGAGACCGAGGACGGUUGAAACACACACCCACCCUAAUGCAUUUUAAUGGAUGGAUGGUGUUUUAAACCAAAUAACGUCAAAACAGUUCAUUAAAACUCUACCAUCUCCACAGCAUCUGAACCAACAAAAUCUGUCUGUGAAAACCUGACGUGGUUGAAAAAUCAAUUACAUGUGUUUUCAUAAAAAGACUCUUUAGACCAUUAUGUAUUAUAUGUAAAAGUGGACUGAAAGCACUGUUGAAGUCUUUGAACCUGUGUAUUAUUCUGGUACAUAUGUAAUCAAUUCCUAUUUUGCCACUGUUUUGUCAGUUUUGACUUCACUGUCUCUAUCUUAACAUCUUAACUGUUUUAUGAUUAACACAUUGAAUCCAUGGACUGUGUUGUCACCCCUGACCAAACACACCUAUCAAUGCUAUUCCCAUCUAUGUCUUAAGAGAAAUGGAAAGGAAUUAACUUCACUAGAAAAGCAAACAUCCUCUUGUCAAAACAGUACAUCCUCUUGUCUUGUCCUCAGUACAUAAAUCAGUAAAGGGCUGGGCCAUACAACAACUAAUAUUAUCAUGAUAAAAAAAAAAAGAUAAUAAAAUGAUAAUUGUCACAUCAUUUCAUUCCAUUUAAGUUGAAGUUUCAUUUUGGUCCUGGGUGAGAACAGAGGGAACUUUUUUUUUGUUUUGUUUUGUUUAUUUUUUAUGUUAAAGCUACAGAAAAGACACUAUCUUAAAAUGCCUAAAAUUAUGUGUAAAGCCAAAUACGCAUCAGCAGUCUCAGAUUCUGUGAUUUUUAGGGCUUGAUUUGUAUAUAAUCAGCAAAAUAUGAGUUCUAAUUCAGCAAAAUGAUGGCAAUGUAAAAGAUGGUUAUUUGUCAUUUUAAUUCUUCCUUUAUGAUCACAAGAUGACAGUUAAAAUUAAGUGUUUGUCACAGUGCACGCCAAAUAAACCUGAAAGAAUUUUUUUUUAUAUUGUAACAGUAAUUUUUGCUGUCUAAAAUUGUUGGAGGAUAAUCAUUUCCAUUGAUCUUUAAAGAAAAUGAACACAAUGAAAUAUUAAAAUAAUUGAGAAUUUCCCCUUGUGGGACUAAUAAAGGCAUAUCUUAUCUUAUAAUUUAUUAACACAAAAUGAUGAUUAUCAUUUUAUUACCCAGCCCUUUAUAAGUACCGGUAUGUAAGUUUUCUGUUCAUAUACUUGCUUUCAUUUCAUAUUGGUGCUGUGGGAAGUUUGGUUCAUUUAUUUUCCUUUUAAAAAUCAAUAAUGGGUAUUUAUCCUCUAUUCAUGUUAAUUAUUUUUGCUUGUUUUUCAUCUUUCCUCUGUCAAACUUCACAUAAGGAAAGUCAAAAUUCUGUCAAAGUAAUGAAGUAUACAAUCAUCUAGUGACAAACUUAUGUAAGAACAAAUUUGUCAGUUGAUUGGUUCUGACAUAAGGCCCAGUAUUUAUAUGAAUUACAAAGAAAAGUAUAUGUUCCCAACGGUAACUCCAUUACAAGAUGAAAAAUCGGCAUGUUUGGCACUUGGGGUUUCAGGCAUUUACUUUUUCAGGAGAUUUAUUGGAUCCACAACAAAUAUUCACUUCUCUUUGACUUGAUUUUAAGCUAAAUCAGUAUUUAAAAAGCCAUUUAAACUAGUAUUCAUAAAACUUAGUACUUAACAUGUUUAAUACCUGAACACAGCCCACCACUAUCCUUUCUUCUUUUUUCUACCUGUCUGAAUGACUGAUUUGGACUUUUCACAGAACAGUUUGUAGCUUUGAAAUGCAAAGUCCACUCAAGACCAAAGUUCAAUGAUGUACAAUUAUGUGAAGGCCUGCACCAUUUACAUCUGCAUUUGAUGCUAUGUGGCGCUAAAGUACAGUUGUAUUUGUCUUUACAUAUGUAAAUGUAAUGGACUUGGUA